AUGUAUGCUUCGGUAACUGAUAGGGGAUACGAGGGGAGUGGUGGAGUUUCAGGACCUAUUUUGAUUCCGAAGCGUUUUGUGUGGCCUUAUGGAGGAAGAAGAGUGUUUCUCAGUGGUUCUUUCACCAGAUGGUCAGAACAUAUACCUAUGUCUCCGAUGGAGGGAUACCCGUCGGUGUUUCAGGUUGUUUGCAGCUUGAUGCCGGGAUAUCAUCAGUACAAAUUUAAUGUGGAUGGUGAAUGGCGUCAUGAUGAGCAACAACCAUUUGCAAGUGGGAACUAUGGAGUAGUAAAUACUACUUAUUUAGCGAGAGAGCCUGAUGUUUUAUCUGCCAUCUUAAGUGCCGAAACACCCAGUAGGUCCCACAUGGAGGUUGAUAAUGAUGUCUUUGGGCAUGCAGAAGCUAAUCCAAGGAUAUCAGAGUCUGAUCUGGAGGUCUCUCGCCACCGUAUAUCUGUAUUCUUAUCUACACAUACUGCAUAUGAACUGCUUCCUGAAUCUGGGAAGGUCAUUGCCUUGGAUAUAAAUUUACCAGUUAAGCAAGCAUUCCAUGUUCUGUAUGAGCAGGAUGUACCUAUGGCCCCUCUAUGGGAUUAUUGCAAGAGUCAGUUUGUUGGUGUGCUUAGUGCAAUGGACUUCAUUCUCAUAUUGAAAGAGUUGGGGAGUCAUGGAUCAAAUUUGACCGAAGAACAACUUGAGACUCAUACUAUAGCAGCCUGGAAAGAGGGAAAAUUAAAGCAACGCAGGGCACUUGAUAAUAACGAGGGAUCAAAUCGUCCUUGUUUUGUUCAUGCUGGGCCCCAUGAAUGCCUAAAAGACGUGGCUUUGAAGGUUUUGCAAAGCAAUGUGUCAACGGUUCCUAUCAUUCAUUCUUCUUCAGAGGAUGGUUCAUUUCCCCAACUGCUGCAUCUUGCUUCCCUAUCAGGACUUCUAAAAUGUAUAUGCAGGCAUUUUAAGCACUCUGCUGGUUCUUUGCCCAUUCUUCAACUUCCGAUUGGUUCAAUACCUUUGGGUACGUGGGUGCCUAAAGUUGGGGAUCCAAAUGGACAGCCACUUGCAAUGCUAAGGCCAAAUGCUUCUCUUGGUGCUGCUCUAACGAUGUUUAUUCAAGCUAAUGUUAGCACAAUACCGAUAGUGGAUGACAAUGACUCAUUGCUUGACAUAUACUCAAGAAGUGAUAUUACUGCAUUGGCUAAAGAUAAAGCAUAUGCUCGGAUAUCUCUAGACGAAAUUAGUAUUCAUCAGGCAUUACUCUUGGGACAAGAUGCAAAUUCUUCUUAUGUGCCUAACAACAGCCACAGAUGUCAUAUGUGUUUGAGGUCUGACUCGUUGCACAAAGUGAUGGAGCGUUUGGCUGAUCCCGGGGUUAGGAGACUUGUGAUUGUGGAGGCUGGUAGCAAGCGUGUGGAAGGGAUUAUUUCAUUAUGUGAUGUUUUCAGAUUCUUAUUGGGCUAG